CCAUUGCCAAGUAGAAUAUCUGCCACUUUCCUGGCUAGGGUGCACGCACUCAAAUCACCUCCUGGUAUUACCUGUUGUAAUAGGCUAUCUAUAUUUUUUACAGUGGAAUUGUGCACUGCAAUAGGCUAGUUUACGAAAAAAAUACAAUUUUACUGCAACUUCUGUAAGGUGUUUUUUAGACUAUCGGGGAAACCUAAGAAACAGAACUACCAAAGAAAGAAAAGCGCAUCGGGAAAAAUAGGCUAUUUUUGUGAUUUCGAUCAUGUCUGGCGAAGAGGCACCGGCACGACAGCAGCAAGAAUCCGCAGAAGAGAAGACAGAGAACCCACCUACUGAGGAACCUCCAUCGGAGGCAGCCCAAGAGGGUGAGCCAUCCCCCGCGGAAGAGCCAGCAGACGAGCCUGCGGCGGCGACCCCAGACAGAGCGCCCGUGGCGCCCGAUGAGGAAGUUUUCAGCUACCGUGCUUUGUUCCUAACGGGCUAUGGAGGCUAUGACAAAGUGAAGCUCCAGGUGAAAAAGGGAAAGCCGAGCCUGAAAAACGCAGAGGUGCUGGUGCGGGUCAAGGCGUGUGGUCUGAACUUCGCCGAGUUGUUGGGGAGACAGGGGAUGUAUGAGCUGCUGCCGUCGCCGCCCGUCACGCCCGGGAUGGAAUGCUCGGGCGUGAUUGAAGCCUUGGGGGAAGAGGUGACGGAUAGAAAAGUGGGUGACCGUGUGUUGGUGUUGAGUCGUCACGGUCUGUGGCAGGAGGUGGUGGUUGUGCCUGCUAGCAACACAUUCAUCAUGCCUGAGUCAAUGAGCUUCGAGGAAGCGGCGGCCCUCCCCAUCAACUACCUGACGGCCUACAUGAUGCUUUUUGAGAUGGCCAACGUCAGGGCCGGACAGAGCAUCCUCAUCCACAUGGCAGCAGGUGGUGUGGGCAUCGCUGCCACCCAGCUCUGUCAGUUGCUGGAGGACGUGACCGUGUUUGGAACUGCGUCGGCCAGCAAGCACGAGACCAUCAGCCAGGGGGGCGUCACCCACCCCAUCGACUACCGUACACGAGAUUAUGCUGAAGAGAUCCGUAAAAUCAGCCCCAAGGGAUUGGACGUUGUCCUGGACCCUCUGGGAGGCUCAGACACCCAAAAGGCCUUUAGUUUGCUGAAGCCCAUGGGCACCCUCAUAGUGUUUGGUGCAGCCAACUGUGUGACGGGUCAGAAGAAGAACCUAUUGGCGGUAGCCAAGACCUGGUACAACCAAUUCACCAUCAACACCCUGAGGCUGAUGCAUGCCAACAAGGCUGUGUGUGGCUUCCAUCUGGGCUACCUGAGUGACGAGGAGGAGCUCAUCACCCAGACCAUGACCCGCCUACUGGAACUCUAUACCCAGGGCAAGAUCAAGCCCCGCAUUGACUCCACCUACCACUUUGAACAGGUGGGUGACGCGAUGAGGCGUAUGCACGAGCGCAACAACAUCGGCAAGGUGAUUCUGCUCCCAGAGCCAAAGAAAGAGGAGGAAAAGCCCGAGUCCAACCCUGAGCCAGCAGAGACAGAGGACAAGAAAGAGGAGGAAAAGGAUGAGAAUAAGAUGGAGACCGGCACAGAAGAGGUCAAGAGAGAGGAGAAUUGAGAAAGGGAGAGUAUGUAUGUGAGCAGUAGACUUGAGCACUUCAUCAUUGGCCUUCUCUACUCCUCAGUCCAUGUCUCAGAAAUCGACCAUUGCCUCUGUGUUUCUAUCUGUUUAUACGUGUGAGGUGAAGUUGCCCCUAAGUGCUGAUCUAAGAUCUUUAUUUUUUUUAAACCCACUUUCGGUUCAAAUGUAGAUUCUGCUAAACACAAAGUAAACAGCCGUAUCAGGCCGACUUCAGCAGCAACAACGAGCACAAGGCAAGGCUGAUUUCUACGCAGUUGUUGUCAAACAGCUAUACUAACGUCGGAGACUGAAGCGUAAGCCAUGCACGUGCACAGAUGCUCUGUGUGAGUGCGUCGUCUUGCAGCGUGCUCAUCUGCGACAUCGCUGGCUUUACCUUGCUACUCGUGCCAACGGCACAUCGCCGAGUCUCCGUUUGACAAGGCUAGGAUAAGCUGCACUUAGAACUGCGCUUAGGGGCAAAUGUGUAGGGUGGUCUUGUUCUACUGACACGAGUGACUGAGUCGUGUUGCUUGUAAAAUAGCUUCUCAGACACGUUGCUAUGUUUCCAGUAUGUUCCAAGGCCUUAUGUUUCAAAGGAAAAAGUGCCCCAUUAGCAACACUUCCUGAGUCACCAAUGUCGAACCCUUUACUGUGCUGUGUCUCCCUACAAGUUGAAUUGCAUGCUCUUCUUGAUUCCGCAGGCAGACACCGUAUUCUUCUAUGAAUUGGAGGUCAAGCUUUUAAACGAAAAUGUGUCAGUAUUUUGCAUUAGUGAAUUAUGGAAAGUGCGUGUGUGUGUGUGCGUGCUUGCGUGUGUGUGUGUGUGCAUGUGAGCGUUUCUGAGUGAUAUAUAGGUUUGAUGUUGUUUGAAUUGUGCUUUGCCAAAAUUCUCUUUCGAUGUCUUCGUGUCAUAUUUCAAUAUGUAAAUUGUCGCUGACUUCGUGGCCACUUUGAGAGUACUACGAGACCCUUGUUUAAGUGUAGUUUGUUAGAUGGAUUGUUGCUUUUUUUCCUGACCUAGUGUGCCAAAUUAAACACCAACUUUCCCCUUUGCCCAUGUAUCACAGAAAAAGAAUGAAGAACAGGGCCUUCCUUCACCUUGUCAAACUGUUUGAAUUGUUCUUGAUUAAACAAUGUCCCGGUGACCUUGUGGUAAAACAAACCAAAAAUGUUUGGCACAAGCUUUUCUUGUCAACACUGCUUUCGUUUUGUGAUUAUCGUCGCACGGCUCUCAAUGUUGAACAGUGCCUCUUCAGUAUAAAAAGUAGAAUAGGAAUAUACUUAUUAUAUACUUAAUAUACUUUUUUAUAUUAAGUAUAUAAACAAUCCCAGUUUGUAACUGUGUAUUCUCAAGGAUUGCCCCAGCCUUCCUCCAGACCAGUCAAGUUGAUCUGACUUAAGAAACAGGAGAACAUGGGAACACACUUGACUUUUGCGUCAACUAUAGUGCUUGCUCUCUGGACACUUCCUCGUUGGUGCCAUGAUGUUGUAUUCUACGAUGAUCUGCAGCGAAUAGGCCUAUAUCAUUCGCUAUUAUCUGUGGCCAAAAUAUCAUAUGACACAUUCGCAAAUAGAACACUUGAUUUGUAGAAUUUGUAUAAGGGAAUUUCCAUUUUUUUCCCCCCCGUGUUUUCAUGGUGAAUUCUCACUGUGUUCCAUUUCAUAACAUUGGAUCCGUAUCUUAUGGCUUUCAUGAAUGACUCCAAAUGGUCUUGCCGAGCUCACGGUCUAGUGUUGACACACCCAGCUGCUUGCAGAUGUAUACCGAACCUGGAGACUGGGGUUCGAUUCCCAUGACCAUUCUUUCUACUGUAUCUCCCCCUCUAAUUCUGUUCGGACUAAAUCAAGUUUGCAAAUACAAAACGGGGCUCUAAUUCCACUCUGCUUUCGAAACUCUAAAUGGUUAAUAUGAGAGGAAGCAGAUGUAUUUUCCAGCUGUGGCGGUAACCCGACGCAGCAGAGAAAGGAAGCUCCUCUUCUCCCUGUCCCAAAACCACGCCACCACACAUUCCACUCCUACUCUCCACUCUCUCUCUCUCUCUCUCUCUCUCUCUCUCUCUCUCUCUCUCUCUCUCUCUCUCCCUCUCCGGAGAGCAUUCACAUCUUUAUUUUCACGUUAAACAAGUAAAAUGAAAUGUAACUUUUGUUUAGGAAUGUGUCUAUGAUUAGAGUUUGUUUUUUCCAUUUGCAAUCUUUCCCCUCUGUCAGAAGUGAAAAUGGAAAGGUUGGGGUUUGUGUAGUUUUCCUUCUUUCCUGGCAUUAGAAUGAAUGAGGUAUGAGCUAAGACAUGGCUGGGUUUUUCUGGAAGGAAUUGGGACUGGGAAUCUGAGUAUCUGAUUCCUUUUCCCCCGGGGAGUCCUUAUGACCCUGCAGGUGUUUCCACCCAUUCUGAAACCUGAAUCAUGCUGAACGCUGAUUUGCAUUGUUCAGAGCCAGCGGUUUGUUGUAAUACUUUUGUUGCUCAAAUCCCCAUGUUUGUUUGCCUAUUUUUGCUUCAUCCAAAAGCACAGACGGACGUACCCAAGCACUUAAUAUGACACGGCUAACUUUACAAGUGGUUUGUUUUAUGUUAUCAUACACUUCCUGGAUGUAUUUGUGGUUUGUUUUAUGUUAUCAUACACUUCCUGGAUGUAUUUGAAGUCUUUGAUUGAAAUCCUCUGCCGUGCUUGAACCUGUGUUUUCACCACUUUCACCAGUCCACAUGAACUGGUGACACUUUCCUGACGUUUUGCCCUGUGCCUUACCUGUGUUGUACUGUACAUGUUUUCUGAAAUGAAUAAAUUGCAUUCCAAAAAUGACAAA